AUGGGUCUUAUGAUCAAGACUCAGUUUGGACUUGGGGUUCUGUCCAUACCCCAGGUGUUCGAUUCGCUGGGGAUUGUCCCGGGUAUCAUAUGCGUGAUAGCCAUCGCAGCAGUAACAACUUGGUCAAAUUAUGUUAUCGGCACCUUCAAGUUGAAUCAUCCUGAAGUCUACUCAAUUGACGAUGCGGGAAACUUGAUGUUCGGUCGAGUGGGACGCGAGAUCCUAGGGUUCGCGGUUUGCAUCUACUGGAUCUUCGCCUGCGGCUCUGGCUUACUGAGCACAUCGAUUGCAUUGAAUGCAGUCUCGGCCCAUGGAACGUGUACUGCCGUCUUUGUUGCAGUUGCUGCAAUCGCUUCCUUCAGUGUGGGGAGUAUUCAAACACUGGGGAAAAUCAAAUGGACGGCCUGGGCUGGAGUGGUGACGGUUCUUGUUGCUGUUUUGAUUACGACAAUCGCGGUUCCUUUGCAAGGACGGCCCGAAGCUGCCUCUGAUAUUGAAAACUGGGAGUCGGACUACAAGAUCGUUGGUACCCCAUCUUUUGUGAAGGCAUUGACAGCUGUUGCGUCUACCAUAUUUGCCUAUGCGGGCACUCCUGGUAAGUUUUCAAGCUUCAACAGAUGUGCUUCCUGGCCAUUCCUCACUCCUUGUCCAGGAUUCUUCCCCAUCGCAGCGGAAAUGCGCGAUCCUUCCCAGUACACAAGAUCCUUGAUCGGUUGCCAAUUGGUUGUGACCUCAAUAUAUCUAUCAAUUGGGACUGUCAUCUACAUUUAUUGUGGCUCAUACGUUUCCUCGCCGGCCCUUGGAUCAGCCGGUACUCUGAUCAAAAAGAUUUCAUAUGGAAUUGCGCUCCCUGGCUUGGUCGUUAGUACAGUCAUGGUCUUGCAUUUCUCCAGCAAAUAUCUCUUUGUUCGCAUUUUACGAGGCUCCGUGCACCUAUCAUCCAACUCUUUCAAGCACUGGGCGACCUGGCUCGGGUGCACCUUCGCUAUAACCACCUCUUCCUAUCUCAUUGCCAGUGGAAUACCUAUAUUCCAAGAGCUUGUCUCCCUCAUAGGCGCCCUUCUCGGAACAUUCAUGUCAUUCCAGCCGAUGGGUUGCAUGUGGUUAUAUGACAAUUGGAAAGCCGGCAGGGAGAAGCCAACCUUCAGAUGGGGUUUCUUAUCUGCUUGGAACAUCUUGAUCAUUGUGGCUGGUACGUUCAUUAUGAUUGCUGGGACAUAUGCAUCUGUGGUCAAUAUUGUUGCUUCCAGCAAGGCAGCUUCUGGCUCUUCUGCGUGGUCGUGCGCCGACAAUUCGAAUUCGUGA